ACAGUUCACAUCAAAUUCCACCCCUUUGCACGACAUCGUUUCGAGCCGGAUAACAUUUUCAGUUUGAGUCCUCGUUCUCGUGGAAGUGUUUCUUCCGUUCCGGUGAGGUUUCUGAGACCUUGGGACCAGAGAGAAUGGCAGUUGCUAGACCACUAGACUUCUACUCGGUUCAUACUUACGGUCAUGGUCUGCACCAGCACAACCCGUUAAGACCAUCCGAGGCGUUACAGUACAAGCUCAGGGGUGCAAGUAAGCCUUGCCUGGUAUCUUUAAGCUCCAAGUUUCAUACUUUUUGUUCUAAAGUACAAUUCCUGCAAAACCCAUCAAUUUUGGGACGCGGGCUUUCGAGGGAUUCUUCCCUAGACGAAGUUUUGUCGGCUGGUCAGCUGAUUAAGGAGUAUGUGGAGGAUGGGAAUUGCGAAGAUGCAAUAACGAUUUAUGUUAAAAUGCUUGAAUUUGGUUUGCCUGUUGAGGAAUUUCGAUUCUUUCCGUGUUUGAUUAAGGCCUUUGGGGGGCUUUCUGAUGUAGGCAAGGCUAGGGAGAUUCAUGGGCAUGUGUUGAAAUUAGGAGUUUUAGAUGAUGUUUAUGAUGUCAAUUCUCUUUUGGGUGUUUAUUGGAAAUGCGGAGCAAUUGAGGAUGGAGUUCAGAUGUUUGAGAAAAUGUGUAAGAGGGAUUUGGUUUCAUGGAAUACAAUGAUAUCUGGCCUCUGUCAUUCGGGAGAUUACAUGGGUUCGUUGAGAAUGUUUAGUCGAAUGAUCCAUGAUCACUGGGUGUUGCCGAAUCGGGUAGCUUGCCUUUCAGCUCUCACGUCCUGCUCUUCAGUUCAGUCUUUAGUUCAUGGAAGAGAACUCCAUGGGUUUGUUGUGAAAAGGGAGAUAGAUACUGAUCAGUUCUUGGUUAGUGGGUUAAUCGAUAUGUACAUGAAAUGUGGGGAUGUGAAGAAUGCGGAAUAUGUUUUUAGGAGCAUUAUUAAUGAAGAGUCGAUCAGAGGGAAUCCAGUCAUAUGGAAUGUGAUGAUCUCGGGUUAUGUCUCUAAUGGGUGUUUGUCACACGCAGUGGAGGUUUUCCUAGAGAUGUUGUCAAUUGGGUUGUCACCAGAUACUUCCACAAUGGUUGCCGUUAUAGUUUUGUGCUCACAGAUGUUGGAUUUAGCAUUCGGAAGGCAAAUGCAUAAAUUCUGUUUUGGCAUUCAAUUGAACAAUGAUGCUAGAGUCGAAACUGCUCUCAUGGACAUGUAUUUCAAAUGCGGUGAUGGCAAGGCUGGUCUUGAAAUCUUCCAAAGAUCUCUAAAUCGUAACAUGGUCAUGUGGGGAGCUAUCAUCUCAAAUUUUGCUCAAAGUAGUCGUCCUGAUGAGGCAUUGAACCUGUUCCAUAACUAUAUAUUAGAAUAUGGGUUUGUCGAUUCUGUCAUAAUCUUGGCUGUUCUACGAGCCUGUUCUUCCUUGACUGCUAAGACUAGAGGCGUGGAAAUCCAUGGACUAGUAGUAAAAUUGGGGUUUGAUUCAGAUGUUUUUGUUGGUGGGGCCUUGGUUGAUAUGUAUGCUAAAUGCAAAGACAUCGAGUCAGCUCAAAAAGUCUUUUAUAGACUACCAGCUAGAGAUUUGGUAUCAUGGAAUGCCUUGAUAUCUGGAUAUACUCAGAAUGAGUGUCCAGAUGAAGCUUUAAAGGCGUUCCUUGACAUGCAAUUUGAAAAAGUUAGACCCAAUGCUGUGACAAUUGCAAGUAUUCUGUCAGUUUGUGCUCAGUUGUCAGUCAUGAUAUUGUGCAAGGAGGUUCAUGGUUACCUAUUACGAAAAGAAUUUGAGUCCAAUAUUCUUGUGAGCAAUUCUCUAAUAACUACUUAUGCAAAAUGUGGAGACAUAAGUAGCUCAUGGGCUAUAUUUGAGAAAAUGCCUGAAAGAAAUGAAGUAUCAUGGAAUUCAAUUCUUUUGGGGUUAGGAAUGCAUGGCCAUGCGGAUGAAACAUUUGGUUUAUUUGAAAGAAUGGAAGCAGCAGGAAUGAAGCCUAACCAUGCCACUUUUACAGCUCUAUUGUCUGCAUGCAGUCAUGCAGGGAGGGUUGAAGAGGGAUUGAAAUAUUUUAAACGUAUGGUUCAAGAUUACAAAAUUGAACCUCAACUUGAACAGUACACCUGCAUGGUUGAUCUUUUAGGCCGAGCUGGGCAUCUUAGCCAUGCAUAUGAUAUUAUUUUGACAAUGCCUUGUGGCCCAGAUGAUCGUAUAUGGGGAUCAUUGCUCGGAUCAUGCAAAAUUCAUGGUGAUGAAAGACUGGCAGAAAUUGUAGCUGAUCAUAUCUUUGAACUGGAUCCUACUAGUAUCGGUUACCGUACCCUUCUUGCAAACUUGUAUGAAGAUUACGGGAAACGGAAUGAAGUUACUAGGAUUAGAUCAGAUAUCAGAGGCAUGGGACUCAAGAAGACGCCUGGCUGUAGUUGGAUUGAAGUGGAUAGUAAUGUUCAUAUAUUUACUGCAGGUGAUAAGUCUCAUAAUCAGUCCGAGGAGAUAUAUACAACAAUUGAAAGUUUAACAAGUGAAACAAGGAAGGCAGGAUAUAUUCCUCAACCAUUGACUGUAAGUGUUGGGCUUGAUGAGGUUAGUAAUGAAAAUCUUAUAUCAAUUAAGGACGACGAUUUGCUGUUUCCAGUGGCAAGUAGAAAGAAUAACCAAAAAGUUUCAACGAAAAUGAUGAUCGGAUGAUUCUCAGUCAAUUGUUAACCCAUGUUGCUUUUAAUAGAGAGGAACCGAUUUACUGUUGGGAACUUUGGAGUGAUUGAGGAGGAUUGAGAUAAUUUCCAUUCAAUGGCCUACAUUCCAGCAAUGAAAUUAUUAGUGAGAGCCAUUCAUCUAUCUUUGCAACUGAUUGGCCCUAUUUUGGGAGCAUUUCCAGACCAGCAGUUUUGCCAGUUGCAGCAAGUGGCGCCACGCCAUCCAAUUAUGUUACGAUUCAGCAAACUGAGAAGAGAUGGAAAUGAAAUGAACCAUGUGCUGAGGAAACAAGGGCAGCGUUCAGUUCUCAUUGUUGCUUCAUGUUAGGUGUUUCUCAACCUCUAUGGCAGUGGUUGAUGCUUUCUCAAUUGGAGUGGCUAGUGAUGGUACAUCCCAACCUGUGGGUUGAAGACUUGUUUCUAAAGAUCUAGUGCAGCCAUUUGGAGCUUAAAUAGUUUUCUGAAUUGGAUGUUUAUGAGAUUAAUUUUCGAAAAAUUCUCAAGAAUGCGUUUAUUUAUGUGAAAA